CAGAGCUGCUACUUGUAUGUACCUAUGUAUGUUUAAAGUCCGUUUUGUGAAGUUAAAAGCAACAGUCAACUGUAAAUCAAUAUUACUCAUUGAUAAAGAAACAUAAUUAUAUUUUUAUUGAUUAUUUUUUAUAUUUAUUGUUCGAAAUUUGAAAAAUCUAAAGUUUUUCAACAACUAACAAAUUGCCGUCCAUGAUCGCAUGUUCCGUCGUUCGCAAAAUAAAUUCGCAUGCUACAUCAGAGCGUCAGUAAGUAUAGGUAUGCGGUCAGUCGCUCACGAGUUGUUUUGAAGCGAGAGCAUAUAACAUAGCGAGCAUCGCUAGCUCUUUUGAGGUUAUCAGCAGUGCACAAAGACAGUUUGCUACUUACAAUCAACGUAAAUAUGGGUGAUACCGAGCAAGAAAAUACAGAUCGUGGUGAUGGGGAUAAUAAUAAAAAUGAUAAACUAUUCACGUUAAAAAAGUGGAAUGCUGUUGCCAUGUGGAGUUGGGAUGUCGAGUGCGACACUUGUGCGAUUUGCCGCGUCCAAGUCAUGGACGCCUGUCUCCGUUGUCAAGCCGAGAGUAAAAAGGAUUUUUACGGCAAGCAGGACUGUGUGGUCGUUUGGGGCGAGUGCAAUCACUCCUUUCACUACUGCUGCAUGUCUCUAUGGGUCAAGCAAAACAAUCGCUGUCCACUUUGUCAACAGGAAUGGUCCAUUCAGCGAAUGGGCAAAUAGCCAAUUUAUCCACAUCAUCUUAUUUGCUUUUUAUUUCUUUUGAUGUGUACGUAUAAGAAGGUGCGCGGAGUAUUGCGAUUAUGUGUUUUAUCGUGGGGUGAGCUUUUGUGAUGUGCUCAUAUUAUAUACCAAUAAGCCCUUUUUGAAGUAUUUUAUUAAUCUGGUUUUUAAGAAGUAAUAGUUUGUAUAACAUUUGGAAUCAUCAUAAUUAUUAUGAUUAUUUUUAACGAUUUAGUACUUCGCAUUUCUUUGUUAACUCGAGAUUUUCCUUUUAAGUUGCGCUGGUGGCAAUUAUAAAGCUUGUGAUACGCGGAUUUUCUAAUGCGUUGAUAAAGUCGCUUCUUUUUAAAUUGAAAACAAUAGUGAGACCUUUACAAUAUUCUUGAAAAUAAUAAUCUGUAUUACUGAAUUUGUAUUAAGUGAAAACAUAUAUUAUUAUAUUAUGUAUUUUAAUUCGAAAAUUCGCGAAACAUCACGAAAAUAAAUUAAAAAACAACCUCAUGAGAAAGUCGUAAUACAUUUGUAAUUAUAUAACGUAUUAUUGUACAAUAUGAUAUCUUGACCACAUUCUCACAAGUCAUGUCCUCUUUCCAUUGCCAAUGAAUCUACAACUUAUGUAUAUGUAUAACGCCUUUUUCAUCUUCUUAGAAGAUGUUUCGUCAGAUUUUGUCUUUCGGCGGAUGGUGACUCUGCCAAGCGAAAUAUAACCGCACAAGAAACCAAUAUUUACGCUUGCUUUGUAGAAAUCCAUGCUUGUGUCGAAUAAAGUGUUGUGUAUCUUUCACCUGCGUUUAAAAAUACAUUUUCGCAAGGAAUUAAA